CAUGUUUGUUCGCACGUGAAAAAGCAUGGAUGCUGCGGGCAAAUGGAGGAAUUUGCCCAGAGGUCCCAGCCUUAAGCAUCUUACGGCGCCGGACUACGGCCUGCCCAGAGAGCAACAGCGGCCUGCCCUUCAGGAUAUUGCACGGGCUCAUAUUGAGUCGUUCAAUUACGCUGUAAGCGAAGGACUGAGCCGUGCCGUGCAGGAUAUUCCUCCUUUGGAGUUUGUUUUUAAGAAUGAUCGAAUUACUUUGGCCUUUUCAGGGGCCACGAUCAGCCCUCCCAUGGUACCAAAAGGGAGUAUAUGUAAAGAGCUGAAAGUUUAUCCAGCAGAAUGUCGAGCACGUAGAAGUACCUACCGUGGGAAACUGACUGCUGAUAUCAGCUGGUCAGUGAAUGGAAUUCCUAAAGGAAUUAUUAAACAGACCCUUGGGAAUAUUCCAAUUAUGGUGAAAUCUAAGUUCUGUCAUCUCCAUAGCCUUUCUCCCAAAGGGCUUAUCCAACAUCAUGAAGAAGAAGAGGAAAUGGGUGGUUAUUUCAUAAUUAAUGGAAUAGAAAAGGUGAUAAGAAUGAUGAUUAUGCCUCGGCGCAACUUUCCUCUUGCAAUUAUAAAACCAAAAUGGAAAUCUAGAGGCCCAGGCUACACACAAUAUGGGGUCUCGAUGCACUGUGUUAGAGAUGAACAUACAGCUGUUAACAUGACCUUACACUAUCUUGAUAGUGGUUCAGUGAUGGUGAACUUCAUCUAUCAGAGGGAGCUGUUCUUUAUCCCGCUGGGAUUUCUCCUUAAGGCAUUGGUUGGUUUCUCAGACUUUCAGAUUUUCCAAGAACUGAUUAAAGGGAAAGAAGAUGAUACUUUUUAUAAGAAUUGUGUCUCUCAAAUGCUGAGGCUGGUCACAGAAGAUGGCUGUGUGACCCAGAAGCAAGUGCUGAUCUUCUUGGGGCAGCGCUUCAGAGUAAAAUUGAACCUUCCUGAUUGGUACUCUAAUGAACGUGUUGGAGACUUCCUUUUCAACCAUUGCAUCUGCAUACAUUUGAAAACGAAAGCUGAGAAAUUCUACUUGCUUUGUCUCAUGACGCGAAAGCUUUUUACUUUAGCCAAAGAGGGUUGCAUGGAGGACAAUCCUGACAGCUUAAUGAAUCAAGAAGUGCUCACCCCAGGACAACUUUACCUCAUGUUUUUAAAGGAGAAGAUGGAAACUUGGCUACACUCAGUUAAACUAGCAUUAGAUAAGAAAGCUCAGAAGUCAAAUAUAACAAUUACUUCAGAAAACAUGAUAAAGAUUCUUGGCAUGGGAAUAGAUCUCACCCGGAUGCUUGAAUAUCUCCUGGCAACUGGAAACCUGCGCUCAAAGUCAGGUUUGGGCAUGCUGCAAGUGUCAGGUCUAUGUGUGAUAGCAGACAAGCUGAACUUCUUCCGCUACCUCUCCCACUUCCGCUGCGUGCACAGAGGAGCUGCUUUCAUGAAGAUGAGAACCACAACAGUGCGCAAGCUGUUGCCAGAGUCCUGGGGCUUCCUUUGUCCUGUCCACACGCCAGAUGGCGAGCCUUGUGGCUUGAUGAACCACAUGACAGCCCCCUGUGAGAUCGUAACCCAGACGUUCCACACUGUGUCUCUGCUACCGUUGCUUUGCUCUUUAGGUGUUACCCCAGUUGAUGGUGUACCAAACCAACCUUAUGCUGAAUGUUAUCCAGUUACAUUGGAUGGAGCUCUGGUGGGCUGGAUAGAGAAGGAUCAGGCUCCUGAUCUUGUGGAGACUUUCAGGCACUUCAAAGCAAUGCAAGAAAAGAAAAUUCCAGGUUGGACAGAAGUGGUUCUUAUUCCGAUGACAGGGAAACCCAGUCUCUACCCAGGACUUUUUAUUUUCACUACCGCUUGUAGGAUGAUGCGUCCUGUACAAAACCUGGUGUUGGGGAAAGAAGAAUGGAUUGGUACAAUGGAACAGGUAUUCAUGAACAUUGCAGUGUCCGAGGAUGAAAUUGAACCUGGGUUGACCACUCAUCAGGAGCUUUUUCCCUAUAGCAUGCUAAGUGUGGUGGCAUGUUUCAUUCCUUUCUCUGAUCACAACCAAAGUCCGAGAAACAUGUACCAGUGUCAGAUGGGUAAGCAGACAAUGGGUUUUCCACUUCUGACCUUCCCGUAUCGAUCUGAUGACAAACUAUAUCGGCUUCAGACUCCUCAAAGCCCGUUAGUUCGGCCAUCCAUAUAUGAUUAUUACAAUAUGGAUUCUUAUCCCAUCGGAACAAAUGCAGUCGUUGCUGUGAUCUCCUAUAGUGGUUAUGAUAUGGAAGAUGCAAUGAUCCUGAGCAAGUCUUCUUGGGAGAGAGGAUUUGCACAUGGCAGCAUUUACAAGACAGAACGCAUUGACCUUGCAGAAAAAGUAAAGCAAGGAGAAGACAAUCUAGUGUUUGGGAUUGGGCAUGAUAAACCUGUGCAGAAUUUGGACCUGGAUGGCCUGCCCCACAUUGGAGCUAGACUUCAAUAUGGAGAUCCUUACUAUAGCUAUGUGAAUCUCAACACAGGGGAAAGCUUUGUGACCUACCAUAAGAAUAAGGAAAUUUGUAUUGUAGAUAACAUCAAGGUGUGCGGCAAUGAUACUGGAACUGGAAGAUUCAAGUGUGUAUGCAUCACUUUCAGAAUACCCCGAAAUCCAACAAUUGGGGACAAAUUUGCCAGCCGUCAUGGACAGAAAGGCAUCUUAAGUCGAUUGUGGCCAGCUGAAGACAUGCCCUUUACCGAAAGUGGAAUGGUGCCGGACAUCCUCUUCAACCCUCAUGGUUUUCCAUCCAGAAUGACCAUUGGCAUGCUGAUUGAGAGCAUGGCAGGAAAAUCUGCCUCGCUUCAUGGACUCUGUCAUGACGCAACCCCAUUUACAUUUUCUGAAGAGAAUUCCGCUGUUGAAUACUUUGGCAAGUUGCUGAAGGCUGCUGGCUAUAAUUACUAUGGGACAGAGAGAAUGUACAGUGGGGUAUCUGGAGUAGAGCUUGAAGCAGACAUUUUCAUUGGUCUUGUGUAUUAUCAGCGCCUGAGGCACAUGGUGUCUGACAAAUUUCAGGUGAGGACUACAGGAGCCCGAGAUAAAGUCACCAACCAGCCCAUUGGAGGAAGGAACGUUCAGGGUGGCAUCCGCUUUGGGGAGAUGGAGCGGGAUGCUCUGUUGGCUCACGGCACGUCCUUUUUGCUGCAUGACCGUCUCUUCAAUUGCUCAGAUCGUUCAGUGGCCCAUGUUUGUGUUGACUGCGGUAGUCUCAUCUCACCUCUCUUGAAAGCUCCACCAUCCUGGUCCACCACGCGUGCCCGACAAUACGUUUGCGCCUCUUGUGACCAAAGUAGCACUAUUGAAACAAUUGCUGUCCCUUACGUCUUCCGCUGCUUUGUGGCAGAAUUGGCUGCCAUUAAUGUCAAAGUGAAGCUUGAUGUACAGUAAUUAUGGCAGCCUGAGCUGUCCUUUCCUAAUUUUGUGGAAGUUGUUAUAAAAGUACUUAUUAAUUUGUGUAGUGCUGUAAGAUCAGACUGAUAUAUAUUUAAAAGGAAAGGGGUACUCAGCAUAUUGUCUACC